CCCCCCGCCUUAUUCCGUUUCAAAAUAGACAGCCCAUUAACAGCUCAGCUCCAUUACGUCAACAGCAAUCCUCCUGUAAUAGGAUACUGCGUACUGAAUAAUUCUGAAUUGCCCAGACUCGUGAAUAUUUAUUUCUUCGCGUGUACCUUCACACUACACAAAGGGGCAACUAAAUUAUUAUAUCGUCAAGAUGGCACCCCACGAAGGAUUGGUACAUAUGAAAGAGUACGAUUGGAGAGACAGUAAUGUCGAGAACAUCGGAACAGAGCUUGAUCAUAAAGUCAAGUACAACUCGGCAGCCACCGAGCCGGCAUGGCAAGAAGUCGGAAAUACCCCUGGCCUCUACAUCUGGCGAAUUGAGGAUUUCGAGGUGGUCCCAUGGCCAAGGGAACAGUAUGGGGACUUUCAUGAGGGAGACAGCUACAUCGUUUUACACUCUUAUAAGGUGGGAAGCAAGGAUGGACAGGAAAAGCUGGCCCACGAUAUCUUCUUCUGGCUCGGAAGUAAGACAACGCAAGAUGAGGCGGGCACCGCUGCCUACAAGACAGUCGAACUCGAUGAAUUUCUACACGGUGUGGCCGUACAGCACCGCGAGCUCCAGAAAGAGCCUUCCGAUGACUUCGUGUCCCUAUUCUCUCGCAUCCGAAUCCUGUCUGGUGGUGUUCGCUCUGGUUUCACGCACGUCGAGGCUGAAGAGGAACCGAAGGAGACGCUCACGUUGCUCAGGAUCUUCAAGCACCCAACUGCCAAACGCGCCGACUCGAUCCUCAUCUACGAAGUUGAGCCUACCUGGCAGAGCCUCGACGAAAACGACGUCUUCGUGUUGGAGCGCAACGACAAAAUCUGGGUCUGGCAGGGUAAGAACUGUAGCCCGAUGGAGAAGGCUAAGGCCGCCCAAGUCGUUCACGAUAUGACUAUCGCGAAACAUAUCGAUGUCGAAGUGGUGGCGCAAGCGGAGUCGAGAUCGCGAACCAUUGUUACUAUGCUAGGCGGAGAAGAUGUCGAAGGACCAUUUCAGGCACCGCGACCUAUCAUCUCGUCUAAAGGUCAAGAUACUACCAACAAUCGCCCUCGCAAGCUGUUCCGACUAUCAGAUGCUUCCGGCCAGCUAAGAUUCGACGUAGUGAAAGAAGGUAGUGGUGCAAUAAACAGCUCUGAUCUAGAUGGCAAUGAUGUCUUCCUGUUGGACACCGGAUCUACUAUUUGGGUCUGGCAGGGUUCGGGAGCAAGCAGGACAGAAAAGGCCAUGUGGAUUAAAGUGGCCGAAUUAUACAUUCGGCAGCUUGGAGAGGAAUCUGGUGAUAGCAAAGCGUAUCUAACGCCGAUUUCUAAAGUAGUCGAGGGUAACGAGAGUCCGGCGUUUAUCAAGGCGCUUGAAGCGUAAGGAAUGAACGGCAUUGAUGUGAUAAAGAUCUGGACCCUGUUAACGGGAAACUGUCGUAAGUAGUAAAUACAUGCAACUAAAAGGGGUUAACAAGUUGCAUAAUGCAACUUGCAUUAGCCUUGAUGCGAGUAGGUGGGGCAUCCGCUUUCUAAUAGGCGGCCUCAAUUGGACGCGCCGCUACGGAUGGAUCCGUAUGUAUGUAUGUACCUAGUGUCCCUAGUGGCCGGAUUCGCGGAAGCGUGUUUGAGAGGAUUAAGGUUAGGUACCUUAGGUACGGAUUAUAUAGCACCUACACUAAUUGUGAUUUGUGAUUGAGAAACA